GGUUAUCUUAAGUUUUUCGCCUUUAAAAGGCAGUUUUACUUGUGUCUCAAAUCACUUGUACACAGGCACGUAGCGUCAGUUAAAGUAUAAAGAUGAAGCUGUUCUUGGUUUGCCUCCUCCUUCCAAUAGCUCUUGCAGCACCACUAGAUGAUUCAAAGAGAUUCAUUAUCGGUGGCUUUACUAUAGACAGUCUGUUUGACCUGAAUACCUUGAAGUGUGAUGUGCAAAUCAUGCUUGAUGUAGUAGGAAGUGAUCCAACGGAACAAGCCUGUGAGCAAGAGUGCCACGUGCUGAUCAAGGAUGGAUUGUUAGAUCAUGGUUGUCCUCUU